AUGAGACUCUAAAGAUGGCAUCGCUUUUACGAUUAAAUUGCAUGUGCUCAAAAUCUUUUACCCCAACUAAUAAAAUAGACAGAUUAGUGCAGUUAAUUUCUGUAUCUGCCAAGGCAGCAAACACUAGUAGAAUUUCAGACGGAUUUACUUGUAGGUGUGGAAAAAAAAUAAAUAGUGCACGCAGUUCGAACAAUCAAACUCCAUCAAGUUCAACAAGAAGAUUUUCAUCAAGUCAAAUGAAACAUGAUUUACUUUCUAAGAACACUGUAUAUGCCGGGUAUGAAAGACCAAGGCAAAAAUUCCUGCAUCAUAGAGUAAUAUCGUGGUACCAGUCACGGUUAUUUUCUACUGGAUCAAAUUGGGAUGAUGGGGGAGAAGGGAAUCGUGACCCUGCAGAAUCACCAGUUAUUCAACAAGGCCCCCCAAAUCCCGUUGGAGCCCUUACAUCAAUGACUAUUCCUGACAUUUUCCCUAAAGUACCAGUUAUUGCUAUAAGCAGAAACCCUGUUUUUCCAAGAUUUGUAAAAAUGAUUGAGGUGACUGACCAAUCUCUAGUUGAAUUAUUAAGACGAAAAGUGAAGUUGAAUCUACCUUAUGCUGGAGUCUUUUUGAAACGAGAAGAGAGUAAUGAGGCUGAAGUUGUUAAAAAAAUGGACGAUAUUUAUCAGGUUGGAACAUUUGUACAGAUAUCUGAAAUGCAAGAUCUCGGUGAUAGACUUCGUCUUAUAGUCACUGGGCAUAGAAGAAUUAAAAUAACUGGUUUACUAGCAGAUGAAAUAGAAGAAAUUCCAGAGAUUAAGGAUGUUGACACUAACACAAACAAUCAAAAGAAACGUAGAAGAAGGAGGAAUGGCAAAAAAGAAGACAAAAGUGAUGAAUUAAAAGAAAAUAUGGAAGAAGUGAAAGUAGAAAGUGGUGAUGUUGUAAAGGAUUCCACUGAAGAGAUAAAGGAUGUACCAACAGAGGAACCUGUGUUGAAACAAAUAGAGAAUGUUUUAAUGGUAGAAGUUGAAAAUGUCUAUCAUGAAGCUUAUGAAAGCAAUAAUGAACUCAAGGCUAUGACAUCUGAAGUUGUAAAGACUAUAAGAGAUGUAAUAAAUAUGAGUCCUUUAUACAGGGAGAAUUUGGCUCAAAUAAUACAUGCUGGACAAAGAGUUAUAGAUAAUCCUGUCUAUAUUAGUGAUUUAGGAGCUGCCUUAACUUCGGCUGAACCUGCAGAACUUCAAGAUGUGUUAGAAGAAAGAAAUAUUCAAAAACGUUUAAUGCUGGCAUUAUCAUUAUUAAAAAAGGAAUAUGAAUUAAGUAAAUUACAGCAAAAAAUUGGACGUGAGGUGGAAGAAAAGGUAAAAAAACAACAUAGAGAAUAUAUAUUGAAAGAGCAACUUAAAAUAAUCAAAAAAGAACUGGGUUUAGAGAAAGAUGAUAAAGAUGCCAUAGAAGAAAAAUUCCGAGCCAGAUUAAAGGAUUUGAAUGUACCUCCACAUGUUAAAGAAGUUAUUGAUGAAGAAAUAGGAAAACUUUCCUUCUUAGAUAAUCACUCAUCAGAAUUCAAUGUAACAAGAAACUAUUUAGAUUGGUUAACAAUUCUACCAUGGGGUAAAUAUAGUGAAGAAAAUUUAGAUUUAAAACAAGCUAAAGAAGUCUUAGAAGAAGAUCAUUAUGGUAUGGAUGAUGUCAAAAAACGAAUUUUAGAAUUUAUUGCCAUAAGUCAAUUAAAAGGAAGUACCCAGGGUAAAAUAUUGUGUUUUUAUGGUCCACCUGGUGUGGGUAAAACAAGUAUAGCUAAAUCUAUAGCCAAGGCUUUAAAUAGAGAGUAUUUUAGAUUUAGUGUUGGCGGCAUGAGUGAUAUAGCAGAAAUUAAAGGACAUAGGAGAACGUAUGUUGGUGCCAUGCCAGGUAAAGUUAUACAGUGCUUAAAAAAGACUAAAACCGAGAAUCCAUUAAUCCUAAUAGAUGAAGUUGAUAAAAUUGGUAAAGGCUAUCAAGGUGAUCCUGCAUCAGCUUUGUUGGAACUUUUAGAUCCAGAACAAAAUGCUAAUUUUCUUGAUCAUUAUUUAGAUGUAACUGUUGAUAUGUCAAAAGUACUAUUUAUCUGCACAGCUAAUGUUAUAGAUACAAUACCAGAACCAUUACGUGAUAGAAUGGAGAUGAUAGAUGUGUCAGGUUAUGUGGCAGAAGAAAAAUUAGCUAUAGCUAAUAAAUAUUUAGUAAAACAAGCUGAAGUAGGAAGUGGAUUGACAUCAGAUAAAGUAAUUAUUGGUGAUGAUGCUAUGGAAGUGCUGAUUAAAUCUUAUUGUAGAGAAAGUGGUGUCAGAAAUCUUCAAAAACAAAUUGAAAAGAUAUUUAGAAAAGCAGCAUUAAAGAUAAUAAGUGAUCAAAUAGAGAAAUUGAGUAUUACAAAAAAUAAUCUACAAGAUUUUGUAGGGAAACCUGUUUUUACGUCCGAUAGAUUAUAUGAUACAACACCUCCUGGUGUUGUCACAGGAUUAGCAUGGACGGCAAUGGGUGGCUCAACAUUAUUUAUAGAAAGUGUAUUGAAAAAGCCAUAUGAUUCUACUUCCAAAGAUCCAGGUGCAUUAGAAACAACUGGUAACCUAGGUAAUAUAAUGAAAGAAAGUAUUCAGUUAGCUUAUACAUAUGCGAAAGCUUUUCUCACAGAAGCCCAUCCAAGCAAUGAUUUUCUACAGAAAGCUCAUCUCCAUCUUCAUGUACCAGAGGGUGCAACACCUAAAGAUGGGCCCAGUGCUGGAUGUACUAUUGUUACAGCUUUAUUAUCAUUAACACUACAUAAACCUGUACGUCAUAAUCUAGCUAUGACUGGGGAAAUUUCUUUAACAGGCAAAAUUUUACCGGUCGGGGGAAUAAAGGAGAAAGUAAUUGCCGCUAAAAGAGUGGGUGUCAACUGUAUAAUUCUACCAGAAGAAAAUAGAAAAGAUUUUGCUGAUUUAGCCAGUUUUAUAACUGAUGGUUUAGAAGUUUAUUUUGUUGAGCAUUAUGGCGAUGUAUAUCACAUAGCCUUCCCUGAUCUAUAAAUUAUAUAUUUAAUCAUUGUUUGUUAAUAAAUUGUUAAAUAUGUAAAAAAGGAAUUUCAAAAAGUGUAUUUUAAGUUUUUUAAGUGUUUUGUAAAGAAAAAAUAAAACUUUCAAUAUUACAUUUGAAAGUUUUUAAGCGCUAUUAAACAUAUAAAAUAUAUGUGUAUAUUUUGUGUAUGUUUACUGUCAAAAAGUCUCCACAUUACAUCAUGUUAGUUUUACAGGUCCAGUUUUUGUUUUCAUUGUUAGAGAUUAGAAAGACGAAAAUGAAAUGAGAAAGGAUUGACAUAUAUCUUCAUAAAUGGAGUAAAAUAUGUAGAAAUUAAAUCUCGCAGAGGUUUUAAUUGAGUGUAAUUAAGCUAGAGUGAUAUUAUCAUUUGAUCUUGAUAACGAUAAGAGAAUACUUGUCGAAACGUCGCGCUAUGCCUAUAAACCAGUGAUUGUAUUUCCAUAUUAACUGUGUUGUGUUUUUUUUGGGUUUUUUUGAUAUUAUCUUGAUUAAGCUUGGAUAAACAUGAACGUUUAUUCAGAAUACCCAGUAUUGUCAUUAAUAUAUUAAGUAAGUUUGAUUUCAAUAUUAUUAAUAAUGCCAAUCAUGUAUCAAAUAUAUAUUUAAUUAUCGUCAUAUAUAGUUGUCCAUUCUGAAAUAUUGUCAUAGAUGGAACUAUAGUGCAUAAUUUUCAGAUUAUCUUACUUUUAUGUACAAUUUGUGGGAAAAGGAAACAUCUUGAUUCGAGCAUGUUGAAAGUCAGCACAUCAGCAUACAGGUAUCAAGUUGGUUUGUAAGUAGAUUAUAUAUAACUCAAAUAAGUAAAGAAUACAAUAAUUGUAAUUUUACAAUAAAGGUAUUGCAAUAUUAAA